AUGAAUUUUCUUGUGGUGUGCACCACUAAUGUGCAUCCAAAUGUCUCCGCCGAGACGGUUAAGUUGAAGCUCUUCCCGUUCUAUCUCACGGGUGAAGCCACUGCAUGGUUGGAUGAUCUUCCAGCUGGUUUUAUUACUACUUGGGCGGAGUUGACUCAAGCAUUCCUCAAGAAAUUCUUCCCUCCUUCCCGGAUGUUACAACUCCGUGACGAAAUCAACAACUUUCGUCAACUUCCAACCGAGGCUCUACAUGAGGCUUGGACUCAUUUAAAAAAGAAAGUCAAUAGUUGUCCAAAGCAUGGGUUGCCCGAUAGUGUUCUUCUCCAAACAUUCUACCGAUCACUUGAUACGGUCAACAAGUCGGUAGCAAAUAAUAUUGUGGGUGGGUUUGUGAUGGAAAACUCUUAUGCGGUGAUGAGUGCUCUCCUAGAUAUAUUAACAGAGACCAAUGAAGCUUGGCAUACUAGGGAGAUGGAAGUGGAUGGAGGAGGUCCUUCCAAGAUUGUCUUGUCUAGGGAGACGAUAAAGAAGGAAGAAGAGAGAGAUGAGACCAUGGCAAAAUUGGUUACCCAAAUGGAUCUCCUCACGAAACAUGUGUUGGGUGGAGGCUCUAAGCGAGUAAAUGUGGUAGGAUCUUGUGAAGGGGAUUCUAUGGAUGAGCAUUGCUUCCAAGUGUGUGAGGAGGAAGCCAAUUUUAUCAACAAUCAAGCGGGGGGUUCCCGUCCGAACUACCAAGGUCCUAAUCAAGGAUCUUGGCGGCAAGGUCAAGGGAAUCAAGAUUGGAAUAAGGAUAGCGAAAAUCAAGGGUGGAGCAAAGAUAGUGGAAAUUCUCAUUGGCGGGACAAAAAACAAGGUGGUUACCACAAUAAUCAAGGUGGUUAUAACAACAAUCAAGGGAGUUAUAACAACAAUUACAACAACCACCGGAGCUCAAAUCCUUAUGUCCCAUAA